AUGUGUGAUAGAGAUAUCAUAAUUGAAACCCAAUCCGGACAACUGCAAAGGAUAAAUGAAUUGAAUGCUGCAUAUUUAGGUCUCCAAUAUCCUUUGCUUUUUCCAUACGGUGAAGAUGGAUACAGAGAGGACAUUCCUUUAAAUGAAGAUGGUGAACCAACUGUAGGAAGAAAAUGUGUUAGCAUGAGAGAAUUUUUUGCGUACAAAAUUCAAGAUAGAAAGGGUGAAGUUCCAAGAAUUGUGUCUGCAAGAGGAUUAUUUCAGCAAUUCUUAGUUGAUGCAUAUACAAUGAUUGAAUCUGGUCGAUUGAAGUAUUAUAGGACUCAUCAAAAACAAUUGAGAGUUGCGAUGUAUAAAGGAUUAGAAGAAGUUGUUUUGCAUGGAGAAACUACUCCUUCAUCUCAAAGGAAGAGAAUUAUUCUACCGUCAAGCUUCACAGGUGGUGCACGAUACAUGCUUCAAAAUUAUCAAGAUGCUAUGGCGAUAUGCAAAUGGGCUGGGUACCCUGAUCUUUUUAUCACUUUCACUUGCAAUCCGAAGUGGCCCGAGAUUCUGAGACAUGUAAAGAGUAGGGGCUUAAAUCCUGAGGAUCGUCCAGACAUCUUAAGUAGGGUAUUUAAAAUCAAAUUGGAUCUCUUGAUAAAGGACUUGCGAGACAAUAAAGUGUUUGGAGCAGUAAAAUCAGUAAUUUAUACAAUUGAGUUCCAAAAGCGAGGGUUGCCUCAUGCUCAUAUGUUGCUCUUUCUUCAUGAGCAUAACAAAUAUCCAACUGCUGGUGAUAUUGAUCAACUAAUAACAGCAGAAAUUCCAGAUGAAACAAAUGGGAGAUGUACAAAGCAUUUUCCAAAAAAGUUUACUGAGUCAACCACAAUUGAUGAAGAUGGUUAUCCUAUUUAUAGGAGAAGAGAUAAUGGAAGAGCUAUCAAGAAGGAUGGUAUUGACUUGGACAACAGGUAUGUGGUGCCGCACAAUCGUUUCUUAUUAUUGAAAUAUGGCGCUCACAUCAAUGUGGAGUGGUGCAAUCAAUCGAGAUCAAUUAAGUACUUAUCUAAAUAUGUUAACAAAGAAAAUGAUCGUGCUACCGUCGCUUUUUCUAGAAGUGUGCAAGAGGAGGGUUCAUCGGUUGUUGAUGAAAUUAAUAUGUACUAUAAUUUUCGAUACAUAUCACCUUGCGAAGCUGCUUGGAGAAUAUUGGAGUUUCCUCUUCACUAUAGACAACCUUCUGUGGAAAGACUAUCAUUUUAUCUUCCAAAUGAACAACAUGUCAUAUUCUCUGAUGAUGAUCCGAUUGAUGAUGUUUCCAGUAGACCCACUUUGAAAAGAUGGGAGAAAAGAAAAACUUCUGCAUUUUCAAUUGGAAGGAUUUUCUUUGUUCCGCCUGGAAUUGGCGAGCUAUACUACCUCAGGUUGUUGUUGAAUGUCAUUAAAGGUCCAAAAUGUUAUGAAGAUCUUAAAAGAAUCAACAAUCAUGAUCAUCAUACAUUUAGAGAAGCAUGUUUUGCACUUGGUUUAAUUGAUGAUGACAAAGAAUAUGUGGAUUGCAUAAAGGAGGCAAGUAGUUGGGAAAAUGUUUGGCAAGCAACAUGGCAAUUAUUAGCAGAAGAUAUCCUCCAUGAAGAAAGAGUCUUACAGGCUAAUCCAGAGGCAGAGCUAACAGAUGAUAAAUUGAAAAAUCGUUGUUUACAAAAGUUGAAAAAAAUUUUGAAAAGUUGUGGAAGAAGUUUUCAUGAUUUUCCAACAAUGCCAAGACCUCUUUACAAUGAGGAAGAAGUUGACCUAGCAAUAGGUGGUAGAACAGCUCAUUCGAGAUUUGCAAUCCCUCUUAAUCCAACUGAAGAUUCAACAUGCAAUAUAAAGCAAAGUAGUCCUCUAGCAAAUUUGAUUAUAAAGACAAAGUUGAUUAUUUGGGAUGAGGCACCAAUGAUGCAUAAAUAUUGUUUUGAAGCUCUUGAUCAAACUCUUAGAGAUAUUCUUAGAUUUAAAGACACAUCCAGUGCUGAUAAACCUUUUGGAGGUAAAACAGUUGUUCUUGGUGGCGACUUCAGACAAAUUUUGCCUGUCAUUGCAAAAUGA